AUGGAUAGUUUUAACCUUCUCCCAGAGGAAGUUAUGUCGGAUAUUCUCACUCAUUUACCUACUGAAUCAGUUCUAGACUGCAAGUUAGUGUCCAAAACAUGGAAGAAUCUUAUUCAGCAUCCAUUGUUCUCUAAGAUGCACACAAACCGUCUCGUCAAUCAUUCUGCAACAGCUUGUUCUACUGAUUCUUGUAAGUUAGGUUUUCUUGCCUCUACAUGUGAGGGACGACUCUACUAUUUUGGAUAUAUUGAGAAUCGCCAGACACAGAUAAGAAGGAUCAAUUUAAAACCUCCUUUUCAUUAUGAUACUUUUGUUGGUUCGUUUAACGGUUUGAUAUGUCUAGCGGGUCGGGAAGGGAGUGUUUGUAUCUAUAACCCGAUGACAAAAGAGUAUGUUAUACUGCCUCAACCUAAGAUUAAGUUCUGUAAGUACGACUCUAGGUGGAUAGGAUUUGGUUACCUUGUUUCUACCAAUGAGUACAAAGUUGUACAAGUGAAUGAGCUAGAGAAAGAACCCAAUUUUGUAGAGGUCGUGGUGUACACUCUUGGCAGUGGCAAUGGUUGGAGAAACAUUGGAAAAUUCGAACUAGGGUCUAACCAUGUCUUCUUCGGAGGUUAUGGUGUAAACUCUUGGCAGUGUCGUGGUGUCUUUGCUGAUGGAGCUCUUCAUUGGAUACACAGAAUACAGAGGAUUAUUAUGGUCUUUGAUUUGGCUGAUGAAAAGUUUCGUCAACAUCUUGCGUCGCCUCCUUUUCCAAGAGUCAGUUCUUCAAAUAUAGGAGGUUUUGGUGGGACUUUAUUUUAUGCGCAUAAAUGUUAUGAUCCAAUCACUAAGGAUUACAUGUGUACUGAUUUCUGGUUGUAUAAAGAGAAGAAUGAUCGUUACGGACACCAUUCAUUGGGUCGGAGUCGUGAGUUUACUGCUGAAUGUAGCGUACCGUUAGCACUUACGAAGAACGGUGAUGUCUUAAGUUGCGAUUUUGACUGUCUCAAUAUUUAUGACAGAAAAACUUUUACCCCAAAAAAGCUGGUGGAUGUUAACGAUAUAUUUUUUUCAUAUAUUCUCUCACAUGCAAGAACUCGUUAG